GUAAGACAGAGCUCCAUUUUUAAUGUUACGUUUAUUUUUUCCUUGGUCAAUGAAGUAAUUUUCUAUCAGCUGGUAAUUUAUCAUAUAAUUCUCUAUUUUAUUUAUAUAUUAACACCGACGAGGUACAGAAUAGAUGUAACAUUCAUCGCUUUUUCGUAAUUCACAUUUUGGCGAUCACCUGACUCCGCCUACCAUUUUCGUUUCGCAUGCGACGUUAUCGAUUCAGUAUAAUAGUGGUUCGAAUUGAAACUAAAUUUCUCUAUGAAAUUAGAAAUAAAGUAUAGAACAGAAUAUCUUGCAAAUGAGGUAUAGAAUGUAUUUCUUCAACUGUAUUAUGAUAUAAUUAAUUGGUAUGAUGAUCUCGCGCAGAACCUAUUACAUACUACAUACUUAAUGUUCUCCAAUUGUAAUGCAUCCUGACUGCAUAAACAACUGUUCAUUUUUUAAACUAUUAAUUUAAUAUAUGAUUCUCUUCCGUUCCUAUUCGCUGGAGUUUAAAUUUCUUAAGCCAUAGUUUUUAAUGCAAAAGACUAUUUUUAUUAUCUGAAUAUUAAAAAUCAAUUUUUACUUUGUGAAUAAUCCUUGUGAUAAUUAAGAUACAAACAUCGAAAAUAAUUUGACAAACAUUUUCUCAACAAUAAAUACGUUCGUUCUAUACUGAUCAGUAUAACGAAACAAUAAAUAAUCUUCCUCGUUUGAGUAAACUAAAACUUUCAACAAUGUAUACAUUCUUAUUCAAAUCAAUUGAACAGAAAUAUUUCACAAAACGAAUAUUUAUAUCACUAAAAUACACAUUUACGCAAAUCAAUCUAUACAAGUUACUUCUAUUAAUAUUUGACUCGAAGCACUAUAGCAAAGAACAAAACUCUAUCUCUCGUUUAAUGGAAGGAUUCAUAUUCAAAUGAUCCGAAAAUUGCUCAUGACAAUACGCAUGCACGUGUUUGACGGAGAUGAAACGCACGAAGCUUAGAUUCUACGGCGCAAACGUGGCGUUCCCUCCCUCAACCACAGUGUGGUUGCCGCAACAUGAACACGAGGCAACGACUGCUGACCCGUCAUAUUGAUCGACCUGGAUCCGCACUUCGCUUCUAUCCGAUUGCGCGACUUGGGUGGCGCUUCGCAGACCGUGCCACGAUGCUUCCCGGCGCUCAAACGCGCUAGCGUAGUCGCAAUCAUUGCACCUGCUUACAUCGCACCGUCCAUCCCGUAUGUGGAAUCGUCCACCGCCAUGCUGGUGAUGCAGUGAUCGUACAAAUUACCGAGAAACACCGAUUAAUCGACGAUAGUGACGGUGACCAAGCAACUCUUGGAAACUGGUGAUCUUCGGUUCCUAAUCUUCUGUUCUUCGACGAGUUUCCGGUUUCGUUGUACGGUUGAGUAUUCCAGAUCUUCUUAUGAGUUGUGAUCGUUGGCCUAUGAUGAUCAAGUACGGUGACGUAAGAAGAAGGUUGUAGUAUUGUUCGAUGUACGGACAAGGAGUAUGGCAAGAAGAUGAAACGACAACACUGUGGCAGAAGAUACGAUGAAUGCCAAAUUCAUACAUACGAAACUAUAAAACGUCACGCAUUCGUUUAGCGUGUGACAGUUUAUAGUUGUCCUUCGAAAAUUAUUUUUUUGUACGUCACAAACGGCCAAAAAUUUUCGUCAAUAUAUCACAGAGGUUAGCGGAAUCAAUUAUUCUACUAUCUGCUAUUUUUCGCAUGACAUUACGUGAAGUAAAUUGCCUAACGGACGAAUGCAAUUCCGUGAAUCGCGUCUGACCUGCAUUCCUACUGUAGGAGUAAGCUCGUGUCACGGCAUGAAUUUGGAUCGGAAGUAAGAAGGAACCAUCGCCAAAAAACAUGUCGCUGAAUCACUUGAUAGUGGCUCGUUCUAUUUAUUGCUACGAAUGCGAUUCAUGGACGGAUCUCAGAUGCAAGGAUCCUUUUAAUUACACCGCACUUCCAAGGGAUCAACCACCUCUCAUGACUUGCCAUGGCUGUUGCGUGAAAAUGGUUCGCAACGCCAAGUCACCAUAUGAGAGCGUGAGGCGGACCUGCACUUCGCAACUACAAAUAAAUUUAUUCAUGGUGGACCACGUGUGCAUGAUGGAAAGUACCGGCACUGGUCACAUGUGCUUCUGUGAGGAGGAUAUGUGCAAUCGUGUGUCUCCGACCUCGUGUUCGAAUCCUACACUCCUGCUGAUCCUCUUGACGAUCCUUGUACUACGCUCGGUCAUCUUAGGAGCCCCAGCUUGCUUUGUAGAACGUUGCAAUGGUCACGACGUAUAACACUGAUUUAUUCGAUUCACCUGUCAGUGAUCAUAUCCUUCGUAGAAUUUUAGUUUUAGCCAGCGACUUGAACUCUCGUCGAGACGAGCGGUUCUCACCAGUCACGUACCGGUUGGAUAACACGGAACACGUUGUGUUUCUUUUCACGUUCGUACCAAACCAGGAAGGUAAGACACGAGCUGCGUGUUCCUUGAAAGAGAAGGGAAUCGAUCAAUCAUCGAUUAAUCGUGUCAGACCGUUUUAACCGUACAUUUCAAUUUUUGUGAAUCAAUUCAUGAAUUGAGAAUCGACGAUCCAUAUUCUCUUCUCUUCAAAGAAUUUUGCACUCUCGCUCGUCCUGAUCCUUUCUUCGGCAUAAAUCUUAACGAAAUAUCUCGACCGUGUUCUCUGUAGAUAAAUCAUCCGAUUCUCUGUCACUCUCGAUUUUGCCACGCGCUCUUCCUCUUGAUUCAUAGCCCCUCCAAAAUGUUUCCUAUACCUUUGCGAUGGUAUCUUUAACGACAAUUUUAAUUCGCUUCGAAGUGAAAUUUAUCUUAUUGGAAGAUAGUACGUAUUUUAAAAAAAAUAUGGAUCUUUUCCAAUUGAUAUAAACGGAUAAUUUAUUAUAGAUUUUUCAGUUUGUUCGUAUUAUAAUUUUCGAACAAAUUAAACGGAGAAUGAUAAAUCAAAUUCGAGCUAUCAGAAAAUUGAGCCUGAAGCGAGUAAAAAUUUAGACGCGUUCUUUAAUUCAUUGUAUGUUCGGGUAAUGUUUCUAUUUGAUAAAAUCUAAUGAGAUGGGAAUCCCUUUCUGACGAAGUUUUGUUGCAUGCAAUCCAGAAUCGAUCGAGACCAUCCCAUUCUUGCACCUGUCAAUCAGUUCUUUCGUUUUUUCUUCCAGUAUUGAUGUAUCUUACAAUUAGAACUUUUUGCUACUUUUUUAUGGUCAUUGAUCGUUACAAAGUCUUAAGCAUCAAGUUUUCUAGCUCUCAAAGCAUCUUGAUGGCCGAAUCGAGCUGCUCCCGAUACGUAAGAAAUAGUAUUCGUCAUUAUGUCGUGGUAUUUUGGAAUGUUUCUUUCAUUUUUAAAGUUUCCAUCGGCUUGCCGUUUAUCUAUGUUCCAUACCAAGUUCGUCGUAUAUCUAAGCGAACGUGGAUCACGAAACUUCAGAACUUUGAAACGUAGGUAUACUGUUUGCAACGUUGUUCGAUCAUUGCAAGAUCUUGGAGCUAAUGAGUGUUCUAAUUGUAUUAUCUCAAACACACAUUUACUGCUUUCCCAAAGAAAAUCUCCAAGUAACGGAGGAUAAUCGAGACACAGAGAGAAAGAGAAACACGAUAUACAUUCAUUAUUUUAGCGCAUAGAGGUCGACUGAUGGACAAUUUUCGUAUUAACUCGUUAUAUGCUUUAACACUAUUUCAGCGUUGAAAAGUAACUUUAUAAAUGAUCAUUGAUUACGAGAAUAUUACCAAGUUCAUAAUAUAUUGAAGAUCCUUUGCACUUUCAGAAGAUUUUUAUCACAGAUAAUCAAAUUUGAGAUGUGUAACUAGUUUCUCUUUGAACACUUUCGAUCGUGAUUCAUCGAUAUCUAUGCACACACCUUUGACUCUUAUCCAGUCGAACAAAUCGUUUCUGUAUAUCACAUACAAACGAACUAUCAGCACCUUCAACCACUCUCUGUUUCUUGUUAUACAUUGUCGUAACGAUUGUCGUACUUUUCCUCCCCUGUUCUAUGUCUCUAACGUCCUUUAUACGUUUGCCCAUUUGCCAUUCUUAACGAGACACCGGUGUUUCGCGCAUCAUGCACCAUAGGACAGUGGAACGAGAAUGGCCCAUGGUAUACGGAGCUUAAAGUAGAUCAACGUUCAGGCCGCAUGGUUUCGGCAUGUCCAUCCGUCAGCAACGUCAUGAGAAAGCAACGACUGCAGCCGGCAAGCAUCGACACCAGAAUUUUCCAGCUCUACGUUUUUCGACUUGCUUGAGUCGCGGGCGUGUGCUUUUUCAAUUUCCAAACAAAUUAUUCUCUCUUACUUUUUCAAUUAUACGUAACAUAAUAGAAUAUUAUCAAAGGCUUUAAGGUUAUUUGAUUAGAUUUAAUUACAGAAUGGGUGGGGUCGGGAUCAAUUCAUUAAAAAUUUGAUUGGGACUCGAUUGAAAUUUGCUAUAGGAUUAACAAUGAAUCAUGUAUAAGAUUGAUCAUUAAAAGGCACGCGCGCGCGGGAUGUACCACAGUAGCACUAGUGAGUUCGACAAUCACGUAUUUAGCAGGAGUGUGUUCCACACGUAGAAAAGUGCGAAUUCGAGUGCAUGGAUUGUAGCACUUUUAUUAACAGUGAAAAGGCAGAGGAAACUUUACGGACGGCUUCUGGAUGAAAGCUUUGCAGCCCGAUUAAAAUUGCGUAUUACCAUCCAUGUUACGAUCUUAUCCCCUUUCCUCUGUCCCGCGAUUAUCGUAUCGCCGUGCAGUAACACCUUGCAUGACACUUGCAUGAAUCUGUUGUUAGUAAUUUUUGUGAGAGACUAAAAAUCCCGUAGUCGAUGCUUCAACAGGUAACAGACUUUAAAAUAAAUGAAACAAAUAUGUAUGUAUAUGUAUAUAUAUAUUUGUUUUAUAUAUAUAUAUAUAUAUA